GGAGUGGGGGAAGCUGGAUUCAGCCCUGACUGCUAACUUUGCAGAAAGGAGAGAAGCCAAGGGCUGGAAGACACCUUAUUCCUGAAAUAGUGCUUGCUAGCCGGUGAGCCCUGGGAUGAUGCUACCCCCGGCUCCUGUCAUCAACCCCUGCAGUUCUUGGAUUUUCUCUGAAUCAGACACCAAUGCUACUGUGCAUGAUCUUCAGACUGCAUGGCAGAGCUGAGAGAUCUGUCCUACUGAGAUUGGGUCAAGGGAGGAGAGUCGGGUGAUUUGGAUGAUCCAAAGCAGAUCUCGGGUAUAUAUCUAUCUCUCUAUACCUAUCAAAUCAACAAGGAGACAAGGAGUCGAUCGCCUGCGUUGACCAGGAGUGGGAUGAAGGCUUCUCAUUGAGUCGUUAGGGCUUCUGUCACCACCAGUUUUGAUCUUGGCAUGGGUUUUGGAAGGAUCUGGUGUCCACUGGAUCACAGCUGAUCCAAGAGGAGAUCCCAGCAACUCUCCAUGUGGAUUUUAUAAUUGAAUUUCUAAAGGAAAUAACACCGAUAACUUUCCACCCCGACCUCCUACGUCUUCUCCACCUUUGCCAUGGGAUUGGAAAUUCCCUAAUUCUCUCUAUUGUGUGUUUUAUUUCCCGGCUGAUCUCCUGCGACUGACAUGUAUGAGAUGGAAAAGCAAGGAUUCUUCAGUGCUCUUUGUUACCUGAUGCUCAAUUCCCCUCUCCUCUUCACUGUCCACGCCACAUUCACUGAAGUCCCCAAAGAUGUGACUAUCAGGGAGGGAGAUGAUAUAGAGAUGCCUUGUGCUUUUCGUGCCAGCGGUUCCUCAUCAUUCUCUUUGGAAAUCCAAUGGUGGUACCUUAAAGAGGCGGCCAGGGAGACGGCACUGGAAUUAGCAAUCACUGCUCCUGGGAGCAGGAACAAGGUCGUUGCAAAUAAAGACGGGACAAAAAUCAGUACUGUCCGGGUCCAAGGCAACGACAUCUCGCACCGACUGAGGCUCUCCAACGUCAGGAAGCAGGACGAAGGAGUGUAUGAGUGCCGGGUGUCAGACUAUGGAGACGAUGAGACUCAGGAACACAAAGCCCAGGCAAUGCUUCGGGUCAUUUCACGUUAUUCUCCACCUGACAUGCAGGCAGCCGAGGCUGUAUCCCACAUCCAGAGCAGUGGGCCCCGUAGGAAUAACCCUGGCAAUAGAGCAACCCCGGAACCUGGAGACAAGCGCCCCAAUCCUCCAGGAGAAAGCCUGGCCUCAUCCCCAGCCACUGCAGCAUCCUCCUCAGCUUCCCCUGCACCUGGGAAAGCAGCUAUCCUGCGGCAGCAACAUGGUUCUGGAACAGGCCCGAACCUCGCCAGCGAUCCGAUCCUCUACACGUUCCUGUUGCUAUUCCAUCAGCUCGUCUUCUUACUACUCAACCACUGACGGACACCAUUUUGUGGAUCAUUCCUGAACCAAACAGCCCAUAGGAACUUUAUCCAAAUCCCUCCCUUCAACGAAAGCUGCAAAUUUAGAAAGGACAGAAUAAAAAAGACUGAACGAAGCAUGGCAAACACUUCACGGUGAAAAAGUAAAAUGUAAAAAAAUAAAAAAAUUACAAAAAAAUUCAGAUUUUUGGAGAAACUUAUAAGAAAUUAACCACCCGAAACGACGCGUCUAGUUUCCAGGGAAAACAAGAGUCAGGUCCCUGCUGCGCGCGCGGCCAUUAUGAUGUCCGAUUACCAGAUCCAUAACCUAUCAGGCAUUUUCUUUUUUUUUUUUAAAUUGAAUUUUUGUCGUUCUUUUUGCACGGACUGUUGAACAGUUAUUUUUAUGAUGAUCUGUAAAUUUAUUGAGAAGGUCUCCCAGAGAAGGAAAAAAAUAAUGAUGAUGAUAUAUUUUAAUUAGAAUGCGUUUAAUGUUUUUGGAUUUUUCUCUUUAGAUUUUAUUUU